AUGGAUAUCGCCAUUGAGCCUGACAAGGAAACCAUCACCAUAAAGUACACAUCAUCGGAACCUCUGUCGACGUCGGCAGGUGACUGUAUGGCUGCUGCUAAGACCACCGCUGCUUCCGACUUGCCUCCCUUCUGCUACGAUGGGAGCCAUCUCUCCUGGAGACAAUUCCGUCAACAAGUCUUAGGACCCCACCGCAUCCGGAUCAUGGAAUCUGCACCUGGAGAAAAGAUCCCAGCAUCACUGGUCGAGUUGGUCGAAGCAGACCUGCCAAAUGCUUCGAGGUACAUUGAGCUCAAGCACGCCUUCCGGGAACAAGUCAAGACCGGUCGCGGAUUCGGCCCGUCCCCUAUUUUCCCACCAAAUCUCCUCCCAUCCAUUGAUGACGAGGCCAGACUUGCACGCUGUAUGAUCCCCUGCUUCAGCCGCGAGACACUUCCCGAACGGGCCCUGAACCAGAUGGGCCCCUUCUACGAGCUCCAAGUGCCACGGUCUGGACUCGGAUGUGGAUUUUCAUCGUCUGCCCUGAGUGCCGAAGAGACAGCCGUUCUCCCACCCUGGCUAGUGGCGACCGGCACCAUCGUCCACUUCGACACCGGCUACAUCUCUCCGGGCGCCGCACUCUACUGUCCCUUCCUGAUUUUCGAGCGGGCAUACGGCGAAAAGGAAAAACGCUUCGAAGCCGCCAACAACCAAAGCGCCGUCGGCGGGGCAUGUUGCGUGCGCGCUCUUCACAUGCUGUACGCAAAGGCAUGGAAGGGCCAAUUGAUGCCAGAACUUCCAGUGGCCUUUUCCUGCGUCAUUGACAACGCAUUCGCCGUCCUGAAUAUCCAUUGGAUCGACCAUGGUCAAGCGUACUGUAUGUCUCCAUUGUGCAAGUUCGACUUGAGCAAGGAUGAGCAUUUCCACUCGUUUCUCGUCUGGGUCGAUGCCAUCGGCAAAUGGGCCCUGGCUCAUCUGUUGCCCAUGGUCAAGACGGCUCUUGGCCGCUUACGGUCGCAAAGAGACACGCCGCCGCCGACACCACCGGCUGCGUCAGCUUCAACUUCGGCUGUUGCCGUGGCUGCGGCGGCGAAACUGACUCUAGACACUGGCGCUCAAGCCUCUGUCACCAACGAUACGCUGAUCAAAUCUCUAAAAACGACAUUUGACAAUAUCCCCUGGAGGUUCGAGGACGACGAGUUCACGCCCGUCAGCAGCAGUACCGCCAGCUGGGGCAGUCCGCUCACUGCCACGGCCAUGACUUUUGGGUCUGAAGACGGAAUUGUGUCGGGUCGAUCGAGCUUCAGUUUUUCCAACGUUGCAUAUCCGCCGCGGCGGAUGCGUCCUCCGACUCCGAUUUCCACAUCCUUUUCUGGCGUCUACGCGCCCUCACAAUUGCGGACUCCUACCACCACUUCGUUUCAUCAGCACCGCAGGCUUUCACAGGUAGAUCAAGCUCAUGGCCAGGGUCAGGGUCAGGGCAACGGAACACCUCCCCCAGCAUAUAAUACUUGUUCAAAUUGUCCUGCUGCAGCUACUGCUGCCAUUGUUACCACACAGUCUUCGCAAGCCCUUGGGGUGACGACUUCCAACAAUCCCAACCCAGACCUAGUGUGGCAGAAACGUCUAUCCCAUGCCAUGGACGAGAUCCGCGAUCUUCAACGUCAACUGCUCGACAUGAAGAACCAAGUCGCUGCUUCAACUGAGUCCCUGCAGACGGAAUUGGCAGAGGUCAAGACGGCCAUGAGUUCGGUUUUGAGAAAGGAGACGCUCACGCGCUCGUUGUUGAGGCAGAAUGGUAACAAUGGUGUGGUUGUCUCAUCUCGGUCAUCAUCAAUAUCAUCAAUUGAUGUCCAUGAGACUUGGUCGGUGAUGGGCUUGGGCGUGGGCAUGGGGACUAAUCUUGCCGACGGCAAAAACUCAAACCGGACGCCCUUGAAAGAUUGUGGCCUGUCGAUCAGUUCCGCCCAAGGUUGCCUAGGGACGGCAACAGACAAAGCUGGGGAUGCGCACGAGCACUCGUGCAAAAAUGACAAGCAAAGCUUGAACCCGUCGGUGCCCUUGAGACAUGUGUCUGAUUGUGGAACUGAGGCUCCUGCAGAGAACGAGUCAGAGACACAGACACAGACGCAGACAGAGAUACAGACAUGUGUCCAGGACGAUGUUACUGAUGCUGUUGCCGACGCUGAUACCGACGCUCAGCUCAGCAGCAGUUAUCCAUCUGACACAAUCAAAAUCGUCCCGUCCUCGGCGCGCUUCACUGGCAUGUCAGCCCUGGUGUUGAAGUACAUGCCGCUGCCGUUCCCGCUGCCGCACUCGAGCAUAUUACUCCUCGUCUUGAUCUGGGCUGUGUCAGCGACUUGUUCCUAUGCAUGCUAG